ACGACCAGCUCAUUCAACCUUCCAAUGAGCUUACAGCUCCGAGGCAGGCCCAAGGGCCUCAGGUCCCAGGUCUACACAUGCGCUUCAAUCUGGUCUUGAGCCAACGUUGACACAAGCUUGCAACAUGUCGUGAUGCUCAUGAUUAUUCACUGUUCUAAACAACACCACCUCUGUCGACCGUUUAUUCCUGAAGCUUGCGGUAAACUCUGCAAUGGUCUAUGAUUGGUCUAUGAACUUGUCGGUGAUUAAAACCAGUGGGAGACCAUACCAAGCCCCACCGUGAACAUAUUGGUGCCCAAAGGUGGCUUCAUCGCCGCGAUUGCGUGGGUAGAACAGCUGAUAAGCAAGACCAAUCGUAGACGCACGCCAUGCCCGUGCUCCUAUGUUCAUCGCGGGUUUGCACUUGCUGUGUACUCCCCUCAGAGGAAGCAUGCGUUACGGUCGAGUAUACACCAUCUGGGAGCGGAGACGGUGCUCUAGAAGUGAGUGCACGACAUUGUCGUUUUUGAAAGACAGAAUUUUGAGCCCAGCAACGUGCAUCCGAGCAUCGUGCUGUCACAGAAUGACAGGGGCUACUACAGAUGUCGUACAAAGUGCGAGGUCGGCUGUCAUUGUUUACGUUGAGAUUAAAGUGCAAUACGUCCCUCGACAUCUGUAACCGACUGUAUUCGACGAGGUCACACGUUCCUUGCUAAGUAUGCUCCGAGAGCCUGCUGCAAGCUUCUCUCGCAGAGGUCAACGGCAGUAGGUACAUGUUAUCUGCAUGGACCAGCUGCAAGCCAUCUGCUGCAGAAAUUCAUCCGUGGAAAUACCCCCGCUUCGCAUCCGCUGUGUUGACAUGAACCCCGUUACUCGGCUUUAAACGGUACACCCAUGACCGCGAGUGCUGAGGAUAUAGCGGCGGUGAGGAUACAAGCGUACCUUCAUCUCGCGCCCGUUGUGCUCCUCUACUACGAUCAUCUCCUCACACUUCCACGCGAGAUUCGAAUUGUUUGGCGCCGGGCGCGUUCAAGAGGGUCCAUCUGGUUCUUCCUGAACAGAUAUAUACCAUUUUGUGCCAACAUAGCAGUCGUUGUUUUGGCGUUCACUGAUCUGCUUCAUACCCAAGAAAGAUGCGGCGGCUAUGGCCUGUUCCGGGAGAUCAUCCUGCUUCUCAACCAAGUUGUUGUCUGCAUUCUCUUGAUUUUGCGCACCUGCGCACUCUAUGGAAACUCUCGCACACUUGUCAUCUCGUUCAUUAUCUUGUCCAUCGUAUUGCUUGGUGCCGCCGGUUUUUCUCUGUCUGGACAUGGUGCACAAGACGUCGCUGAAGAGCUCAAUAUCCCGGGGCUGGGAUGUUUUUGGUCAACAUCAUUCUCUGCCGGCACUCAUGUGGCUACAGCAUGGGAAAGCCAAGUUGUUCUCGAUUUAGUCGUUAUCGUUCUGACCAUGUAUAAGUCAUGGCGAACAACCCGGCUAGAAGGACGCAAAACGUUUCGCACGGGAAGUCGCUUAGUAGACGUUGUUUACAGAGAUGGCGCAAUAUAUUUCGGUAUAAUGCUCUUGUUCAACGUCGGCAACAUUCUAUCUUACUACCUCUUCCCGCCACUGCUCAAAGGCUCUCUAGCAACCUGUGCAACCUGCGUUUCCGUCACCAUGAUUUCUCGAGUUCUGCUCAACAUUUCCGAGGCAGCCUCCCCACCGGAACCGGACGACACAAUUUCCUUAGAAACUGUUCUCUCUGUGACCCCCUACACAACGCCUGCGCAUAGUAGGACAAAUCGACAAUCCUUACAAGGGCUCCAGUUUCACACUGCCGGCCAAAGGAGUAGACGAAUAGAAAAUUCAUAUGAUGAUGAAGAUACAUAUCAUGGUCAAUCGACUGGCGGGCGAGGCUCAGAACACGAGGUCAUAGAGGUUGUCAGGCAUAAUCCAGAGGAUCCUGGGUAAUCUGCUAAGGAAGUCAGUCCUUCGUUUAUUUGUACGAGUAUUAUAUGUGAUGAUGCAGCCAGACCACCUUUUCUCGACCCAAAACGGACAAUCUUGCAUACCCAACAUUUUCUAUAUAGUUACCGUUUUGAGCUCGAACACAUCCCUCGACGAUACGUUCGACCAUUCGAUUUUUACUGCGCUCUCCGAGCUGACCGCACCAUCAGCAAGACAGACCUGAAACAGAUACAAUUCGU